AUGGCAACUAAAAUUUCCACAGAAUUAUUGAUUAUGAUUUUAAAUAAUAUUCAAUCAACACAAGAUUUAUAUUCAUCGUUAUUAGUUAAUCGAAUCUGGUGUAAAGUUACUAUACCUAUACUUUGGCGAUUACCUUUUGGUCAAGAAUAUUUUAAGGAGUUGAGAAAGAAGAAAGCACUAUGUAUUCGAUCUUAUAUAUCAUGUAUGGAUGUUCAAGCUAGGACUUUACUUAUUAAAAACGGAUUUGAUUUAUCAUUAUCACCACCUCAAGCCACUUUCGAUUACCCAUCAUUCACUCAUAAAUUUAUAAUUAAUAAUUUGACAUGUAAAUUAAUAAUAAAUCGUUGUUCAUUUCUGGAUUAUUUUAAAUUGGCAAGAGUUCCCGAAAAUUUUUCUAAAAUUUUUCUAAAUUAUAGUGGCUUAAUUGGUUCAAUUCUCAAUUUACCUGGUGCCUCGAAAGUAUUUAAGAAAUUAGAAGGUUUUGCUUUGAAGAUAAAAAAUUAUGAACCGAUUUGUCCAUUAUACGAAUCUUUAACAUUAAUUUGUGAUAAUAUUUUAAAUAUGGAUUUGAAAUUGAGUUCAAAUAAUUCAGUGGAAUUAUUAGCAAAACUUAUUGGUGUUCAAAAACGUUUAGAAAAUCUAUCAAUUAGUGCUCGUCAUGUAGAUUGUGGUUUAUUAUUAUGGAAUAUUAUUAGUCAAAAAGAAACAUUAAAGAGUCUUCAUCUAUAUUCAGUAAUGUAUCCUCAAGAAUUUAUCAAAAAAAUUCUUGAAACGGCAAGUACAAAUUUAAGAAAUAUUCGUCUAGAAUUAAAUAAUACAACUACAUUUGAUAUAUUUUCACCAAUUUCAAGUUAUUGUACAAAGAUAACCGAAUUAGCUCUACUAAAUUUAAGUUCCGAACAAGUAAUAGCAGUAUUUAAUAAUAAUUUUAAUGAAUUAAGGAUAUUUUCAUCCGAUUGUGGAAAAGAAUCGGAUGCUAAUGAAUUAUUAUGCAAAAUGGCCGAAAAUGUACCAGAAUCACUUGAAACUAUCGAGAUUAGAAUGCGUUCAUUCAGUUCUGAUAGUUUAAGAAAUUUUUUUGAAGGGUGGUGUUGUGAAGGACUAAAUAUUCAUCCAGAAUCUUAUCUCGCAAUUACAAGUGAUACAAUUUUAAAUUAUUGCCCAAAGGUUACCAAAUUGACUUCACUAACUUUAAAUAUUGAACGAAUCAUGGCAAUAGAGUACGGAUUCCGAUAUAAGCAUUUCAAUUGGUUUGGAUUUUUUCCUCUUUUUGCGAUAGAGCACAUAAGAGAUGGCACCAUCAAGAAUAAUAAUAUUAGUGACAAAGUUGUCGAGAAUAUUAUUUCUUAUGGUGCCUCGAAAGUAUUUAAGAAAUUAGAAAGCUUUACUUUGUUGAUAGAAGAGCCUGAAGACAUUUAUCCAUUAUAUGAAUUCCUAAAAUUAAUUUGUUUCUAUGAACUUAUUAACCGCGAUGGAUUACAUAGAUCGGUUCGAGUAUCUUUAGCUUCAUCAUUUACUCGAUUAAGUAGCUUCAGCUUUAUUCAUACAUAUGAUGAUGAUGAACAUCCCAAAUAA